CACUACCUCCCCAUACACACCUCAUCCUCGUCUUCCGCAUCCUUGCCGCCGCUGACCCCGAUCAUGGCCGGACUGAAAGCACCGUACCCGCCGCCCAGGUGGACGCACACGCCGGAGCUGCUCACCAAGGAGGUUCAGGCGCUCAUCGACCAAGACAAGGAGAUCUCAGACAGGAUCGCAGCCUUGCCGGCCAAGGACUGCAACUUCACAUCCGUUUUCCUCGCCCUUGCCAAGUCCGAGGCCACGUUUUCUUCCGUUAGCGAACCCCUCUCCUUUUACCAGAACGUUUCCCCGCAGAAGCCCCUUCGCGACGCCUCCAAUGACGCGGACGUGGUCAUAUCCGCGUAUGGCGUCGAAAACUCUAUGCGCAAGGAUCUGUUCGACGCCAAGGUUGCGGCAAAAGAAAACAUGGACCGAACCGGCGAGUACGACAAAUUGGAUGGCGAGCAGAAGCGUCUCGUGGACAAAAUGCUGCAAGAGGGUCGGAGGGCCGGCCUCGCCUUGCCGGAGAAGGAACGCCAGCAGCUGUCUGAUCUAAAGAAGGAGCUGAGCGCCGUGUGUCUCGAGUUCAGCAAAAACUUCAAUGAAGAAGACGGCGUUGUCACCUUCACCCUUUCCGAGCUUGAGGGCGUGCCGGCUGACGUCGUCUCGGGUUACACCAAACGCACCACGGAGACCGGCGACGUCUAUGACGUGCCGUUCAAGACCACGGACAUCUUUCCCGUCCUCAAGUACGCCAUCGAUCCUACUACUCGGCGGCGCGCCCACGAAGCCUACGAGGCUCGGCUGGCCGUCAACGCCCCGCUCCUUGCGAAGGCGCUGGACAUUCGCCGGCAAAUCGCAGCUUUACUCGGGUACCCGACCUGGGCGGACUACGUGACGGAGGAGAAGAUGGUCGGCAACGCCGCGAACGCGAUGGCGUUCCUGGAGGACCUCGAGCGCAAGCUGCGCCCCGUCGGCGAAGCAGACCGCGCAGCCCUGCUCGAGCUGAAAAAGGAGGAGCACGCGCGUCGCGGCCUGCCGUUCGACGGCGAGUUGUAUAUCUGGGACUAUCGGUACUACGACAGGCUGUUUGUGGAGCGUACCCUUGCGCUCGACGAUGCCGAGGUGAAGGAGUACUUUGAAGUGGAGAGGGUCGUGCCCACAAUCCUGGAAGUGUAUCAGCGCUUGCUCGGGGUCAGGUUUGUGGAGAUCCAAGAUGGAAACGAGAUGUGGCACAAGGACGUGCAGGGCUUUGAGGUCUGGAAUGCCGACGCUAAGGAUGCCAGCGGGUUCGUGGGUUACUGUUAUCUGGACCUGUUCCCGAGGCCCUCGAAAUAUGGUCAUGCCGCAGUGUGGGGAAUGCUGCUGUCGGCCGAAAACGAGCGGGGGGAGAGUGUCCCCAUACCGUUGACCUGCAUGGUUGCCAACCUCGCCAAGCCGACGCCUGACAGACCUGCGCUCAUGCGGCACGACGACGUCGUUACUUUCUUCCACGAGAUGGGCCAUGUCUUCCACGGUCUGCUCUCCAAGACGAAAUACGCUCGCUUCCACGGCACGUCCGUCGCACGCGAUUUUGUGGAGGCACCGUCGCAGAUGCUCGAGAAUUGGUGCUGGGAGCCGAAGGUGCUCAAGCAAAUGUCGAGGCACUACAAGACAGGCGAGCCGCUCUCAGACGAGCUGAUAAAGAAGAUUGUCGACAGCCGAUACGUCAACGUCGGCUUGUUCUACCUGCGUCAGCUCUUUUUCGCCAAGUUUGACAUGAAGGUGCAUAUGGACAGUGAACCGAAUGACUAUACGCAGCUUUGGAACAGCAUGCGUGAGCAGAUCUCGCUCGUCAAGGGCGGUGAACCGCAGCCCGGUCAAGGCACCUUCGGACACAUUACGGGCGGCUACGAUGCUGGGUACUAUGGUUACACGUACUCGCUCGUGUUCGCAGCGGAUAUGUAUAAGACCGUCUUCGAGGCCGAUCCGCUCGAUCCCAAGCGCGGCCAGCAUUAUCGCGAGAGCAUAUUACUCCCCGGCGGCAGCCGCGACGAGAUGCAGUCGUUAGAGGCUUUCCUUGGCCGCAAGCCGAACUCCGAGGCGUUCUUGGAGGCGUUGUUCGGGAGCGGAAAAACUGGAGGAUCGGCCGCGGUGUCGAAUGCUAAUUUGUAGAACUGUUGUCUUUGUCAUUCACUGCAUUGCUCUGCCGGAAACCUGUACCAUAGGCACUCAUACUUACACACCCUGCAUGAACGAGUUAUAAGAA